AUGCAGCUGUCGAUGGUUUGUUUGUUGGUCAGGGUGACAAUGUCUGCCUUGGUUUAUGCAAGUGCGCUGCAGCAAUGCAUGCAGUCGAGUAAGUAUGGUUCGCAUUACGGAAUUGCUCCUCUUGGAUAUUCUUACAAGUCCUUUGUUGCCGAUCUCCUUGUAACAUGUUACCGCGCCUGUCAACAAGAGCCGUCUUGUCAAAGUUUGAACUACAACUUGGCAAACAGAAUUUGUGAGUUCAACAGUUUCGCUAAACGCCCCGACGAUUUGGAGGACAAGCUGGAUAACUUCGUUUAUGCUGUGAACUUCAAUCGGAAAGUUGAAGGUAGGUCAGGGCGUACACCGCCCCCCCUCCCUGGACUGAUGCCAGUCCAUCGCAGGAUUACUUCCUCCCACUAUGUCUCCGGUACCCUUUUAUACUCCUGGGUGAAGAGAGACAAAGUGGAAUAAAGGCUCCUUGUCUAAGAAAACAACGCGACGGGCGAUGCUUGAGCCCCGAACUUCCAGAUCGGAAGUUCAAAGUGUUAACCGCUACGCCACACACGCAUCCAUGCACAUAGAGGGGCGGAUCUAGGGGGAGGGUGCAGGGGGUGCGCACCCCCCCCCCCCUGAGAUGACCUGCGGUUUUCUAAUACAACUGGUAUUCUGCAAAAACUAUGUGGUUUAUUGGUGUUGAAGUAGACCAAGAGACGAGUGCACCCCCUCUUAAAAAAAAUCCUGGAUCCGCCCCUGACAUACCCGACCGCGGCAAGCCUUAUCAACGUUUAAAACGCCUUAAUUCAACACUCCUUUUAUGAGUUUAUAAUGUAUCAGCUAGUUCUGUUAAAAGAAAUUUCGAUGCUUGGAGAAAAGGGCGAAUACUAUAACCCGGAGAGUCAAGAGUCGGAACUUUCCGGUGUUUGAAUUCUUCUUCUUUAAAAAAAUUUGAAUUAUUGCAUUUUUUUGUCAUUGAAUCUUUUACAAAAAGGUCUGAAAGGUGAUUAAUUUUCUUGACUUCAUGUUGGACCAGGCUGGUGAUAUCUGAUAAAAAUACAUGCAUUCAUGAUCAGUACACCUGGAUUGAAGUACAUGCUUAAGUCAGGGCGACACUGCAAAACAGCCCUUAUUCAUGCCUAGGAUAACCCUCGGACGUACAAGCAAAUUCAUAUCCCCACCGUGGUACCGGGGGGGGGGGGGUGGAUGGAAUCCCCCCCCAGAGUUUUUGAUAUGUUGCAGUAUUUCGAAACGAUUUUGCCGUAAGUGGAAAGCCUGUGAUUUUCUCAACAAGACAAGGUAUAUUUUAUGGAUGGUGGAGCUGCUGGAGGCUUGUGACGUCACCAACAAUGGUUGCCAUCUUGGAUUUUGCCAAGAACUAGAAAUCAGGUUAAAAUCGGGAUAAAUGGUCACUUUUUGUGCUUAACUUAUAAAUAAGUACUUUGUAUCAUUCCAUCCAGAAGUUUUACUUUUAUUGUUGAAAAAAGAAAAAUGAAUAAACAGGCAUUUUCACUCAAAAAUGGCAUGGCCACCUGCUACUUAUGACGUCAUAUCUCGUAACCAUAGUAACUGACCAUCAUUAAACUUAUCUGGGAAAAAGAAAUAAAAGAACCUCAGAGGGGGUUGACAGCUACAUCCUCCCCCACUUGUACGGCCGAGGGUUACGUCUUAACGAAUACGUAACUUAGAAACUGCAUGCAAGAAAUUCCAUGCCGUAGAGUAGACGUAUCGAGACCUCCUCUCGCAAGCGCGCGAGCACUAAAUCUCCGCAUACAUCUUGGGUGGUCGCUGACGAGAGGUUUGACUGUAUUUUUGCGCCUUAUGACAUGUACAAUUAGUUUCCCAAAUUAUAUGUUUUUGUUUAAUAUAUAGACAAAUGGAUAAAACUAAGAAACCAGACGCCACAAGUCUGUUUUGGUGCGAAACAUAACCAGUUUGGCAGGUUUUGGAUCCCUUUCACUGGGUUUUUGGUCAGAGUGAAACUGGUUCAUUUGUCUGGUUUGAUUCGGUGUUCACGGUGGACAAGAUGGUUUAAUUGGGGAUGCAAACGAGGGAAAAUCCUCACAGUGAUAACGAAUUCGUCUGAUUCUAUCUUGCUGCCUCGCAGAGAAAAAGGAUCCAUACUCAACGGCUUCGAAAUUCCAGGAUACUUUCCAACAUCCCCCCAGCUGGUCUUCCCUGAUAUUCAGCCUCGUUUGCCAGUAGUUUUAGGCCAAGAGAUGCGCAUUUGGAAUACCGAGGAUCUGCUUGUGCCGAAGUGGACGGGAGACAACUUUGGAUCUGUUUGUGUCGACGUUUAUGUUACGAUAAACCUAUGGUAA